UGUUAAACAUAGAUUUUCCAAUUAAGUUAGUUUAUGAUAUAUUUACUUCUUUGAAUGUAGUAUAUAUAUAAUUUUGCAUCAUUCAGUUUCGUUUACCUUUCGACAAAAAUAAGGUGAUUUUAUUGCAUUGAUGAGAUAAGAAUAAAUCAUCCAUAAUCUAAAUACCUCACCUUGGUGAUGUGCAUGACUUAAGGCUUUAACUUCUGCACGUACACAAAAACAGAAAAUUUUGGACGAAUGCAUGGCAAAGUGUUUAUGCAUUCGUCGAACAGGGAAAUUUUACCGACAACGAUGCGCUGUGUGAACGGAGCAUGUGCCUCCAGAGCGGAGUCAUCGAACUGGUUCGAAGAAGCGUCGGGCGAUACCGAAAGGGGGAUCGAUGGGCUCCACCGCCCCAACUCCGUUCCGGAUUGUUUACGAAAAUCUGAGAGUCAAGCGAUGGUCGCGAGCCACACAUGCAACGAUACGUUAAAAACGCGAGUAAAGACAGCAGAAAUUGUCGCGGAUUUGAAAGCAGAAUUGACCUGCCCCGCAUUGGAAAUCGCGCCGCGGGAGAGUAGGAGACUAAGAUCCGCAACGACGAAAAGUAAACCCGGGUACAACUCAUAAAAGCUGUUUGUGUAUGGGGAAUCUGAGCGGCGAGAGCGGUUAAGAAUAGGCCACCACCGAGUUUCCCAAGUAGAAAAGAACCAGUGACAAGAUUAGGUUGGGUAUGAGUUUUCGAAUAGUGUGCUGCAGGCCUAUGUGUUGCAUCGGGACCCAAUCACAGUCAUAGAAUUUCAAUUGCGAAGCAUCUGUUGUGUCGCGGCGUCCAGAUUCAUGACGUCCAGCAUUGGACUUUUUAGGGCCUCAGUGUCGAGAGGUCAAAAUUUGCACCGAUGGAGCUUGACUUGAGCACUAUGCUGGUUUAUGGAAUCGUUAUUUGGCCAAGAGAAGCGACAGUUCAGAAAUUGAAGGAAUUUGUAGAAGUAUGAAGGGAAGAAAUGGGUUGGUUGGUUAGAAGGUUAUCAAUCAGCAAGUGACAAGAGGGUGAAGUCUUUUUGAAGUAGAAGUUAGUUGAGGAAUUACGUUUGGAAUAAGCGUCUUGUUGUGAUGAUGUAGACGUGAAGGACGGGAGAAAAUUGUGUGUACACUAGAAUUGUGAGGGUAUUGGGAUUUUUGGCCAUUCGUGUAAGUUGUGUGUUUCGAGGAACUUCAAGACAGUGAACAUGUUCACUUUCGCCGCAGCAAAGAGAACCAGGGGGUUACUGGAGGGAAAUAACACGAGUCCUGAAUCGGUUGUCGCAAAGGCACUUUCGCUGCAGACACCCCAGCAAUCGGAUUUGCAGGCAUUCAGCUCACAGUUUCGGAAUUGUGAUCCUCUUGCAGCGCUUGCAACCAGGAUACUUUCGACCAGUGAUACAUUCCCUUGCCACGAGGAAACAACCUCAUCGUCGCGCUUUUAUGAGGGGAGAGGCCAUAUGUUGAAGCGAUCUCGUUCCAAUGAGUUCGUCCGAUUUGAGAAUCAGGAGAAGCUCUGCCAUCGGACUUGGUUGCUCGCGGAUCAGCCUCCAUAUUCGCUCGGAUCUACAUUUAAGGAAACCAUCGAUCAUGCUGUGACAGAAAGGGCCGCAUGGAAUACCACUUCAUCGCAGUUUGACUGGUUCCGGGACCCCUCACUCACCACUCCUCUCGUCCCAGAACAUACCACAUGUCUAACCAAACCAUGGCCAUCUGUACGACAUGGCCAAUCAAAUGUGACGACGGACUCGACUGAAUCGUAUUUGCUCCAAAUCCUCGCCACAAAGCAGGAACCAGGAUCGUGGCCCGAUUGGCGCAAACAAACCAGAUCGGGAGGCGUGCCUUCGCCACCAGACGAGCCCGUCUCCACGCACCUGCCGUUAAAUGAAAACAAUUCCGAGGAUGCCGUGUUCUACCAAAUGAUAAUGGACAUGGACGAGCCCUCACCUGCAGAGACUGCUCCAGCCUCUGUGCUGCGUAGCCCUGUUCGAACUCGGCGAGUAUUUCCAGAGGCCGCUGUUAUGGGAUGUGCUAAGCACAACCAGCAGGAGAAUGACCGAUCAAGCGUGGACACUCCCAGCACUCCCCCGCAAGAGAAAAAAUGCGCACAGACGAAGGUGACGCGCAGCAUUCUCCAUUAUCGAGGCGUGCGCCAACGGCCUUGGGGGAAAUUUGCAGCUGAAAUCCGGGAUUCCUCAAGGCAAGGGACGCGUGUUUGGCUCGGGACUUUCGACACAGCGGAGCAAGCAGCUUUGGCGUACGACGCGGCCGCGCUGAAAAUGCGAGGACGCAGAGCACUUCUCAACUUCCCGCUCAGAGCCACUCUCCCGACACCAACACCGCCACCGACUGCAUCAGCAUCCUCAACACCGUCUCCUUCGGAACCGGAUCUGCAACCGGAUUCCUCCCCAGAACCCGAACCCAGCGCAAAUGUCUCGACCGACGAGGGCAUAGAGACGGGAUCCACAGCAAGUGAGGUGGAGAAGGCCACACAACCAGCAAUCCUGGAGGUGCAAGACCUAACAACAGAGUUCCUCGAAGUCCUACUAUCAAGCUCUCACCCAGACUCAGACUUGCGGCCCACCUCACCGCUUCUCUUCGACGGAUGCACGCUCAUCUCUGACAUCGCUUGCAGUAAUUUUCCACUUCAAGUUUAACAGAUUGCCUCUAAGUCUUGAUCUCAUCAACCAGCUAGCAGAGUGGCCAUCGAAACGACUUUCAUCGAGCCUCGCAUGUACAAUUCUCACACACCGCAAAUCUAACCAACCCCUCGUCCAAAACUCAGUGCUCUGAUUGUGCGUGAGGCGAGAAUUGGAAACCCACAACCCAAUUCGAGACAACCGUCGUCGGGAGACGUCGCAACGGAAUCACAACAGCAUUGCACGCGGAAUUCCGGUGUUGCGACACGACAUUGUUCUCACACGUAAUAAUGCAAUUCCGCUCCUCCCGGAUUGCAGCUGAUUGAAUGUGCCUUCAUCAGUUGGCUGAUUGCUCGAUAUUUUUGGCACUUUAAAGUAAAGAUCUGAGCGAAUUGUGGCACAGGCAUCUAUCGAUGUGUGGAAUAAAUCCCGUGCGAUUGAAUCCUCUGCUCGAAUGAGCAAUUUGCGAAGCUGCUUUGGGCACAAGUAGGAUUUCGCCGUGAUGUGCGUUAGAAGGGGAAGAAUCGCCAUGAGCUGUGCAAUGAAUGACCAAAUUCGUCUUCUACGUUGGCCGUGUCA